AUGGACUUUGGUAAAUUUGUUGACGCUCAAAAGACACACAAGACUUUAUUCCCCACAUUUGAUUACAUAGAUGAUGACAAUGACCAAGAUAUUCCCUUUGUCAGGUUGCUAGAUGGUGAAGAGCCAGUCGAGGUUAUGACGAAAAGAUGGGAGUUAUACAAUCAAUUGCACUCCCACUUUCACGAUCAGGUGGAUGAUAUUGUAUCCAAUAUUGAAACAGAUCUGAAAAAGGAAAUAUCGCAUAUUCUUUUCGAUAGUGAACAAAGCGGGAGGAAAAGUAAACCUUGCUUCAAAACGUUAUUUUUGUUAGGAUCGGACAGUUCUACCGACAUCGAGUUUCCUGAGGAUAAUGAUCCGUCGGUGAUGAAUGUGCUAAUAGAACUUUCUCCAAAGGAAUCCCCUAAUGUACGAAUGAUGCUGCGAAGGUCGAUGUUUAAAUUAUUUACGCAAACAGAUGCUAUACUUCGCAGUUCCAGCAUUGCAAAAGAAUUAGAUGUCACUUUGGAGACCAUGCCACAGUUGACAGAUGAUUUACAAACUUCAGCAUCUUACGACUUGACUCUAGUAGAAAACUAUAAGAAACUAUUUCAUAGGGAUUUGAAUUUAGUUUUCAAUUUCAAAGAUACAGACUCCUUUCAUUUUGCUGAUUUAAACGAUUUCAUUGUCCUACUGCGAAGUGCACUAAAAAACGAACACGUUAAAAUGAAUCUAGUGUUCAAUAUAAAUACUAAUAUCUCCAACAUCGAAAAGAAUUUGAAACAGUCAACCCUCCGACUGCUCAAAAGGAAUUUCCAUAAACUAGAUGUCUCAAGCAACAAAGGGUUUAAGUACGGGAACCGAAUUUUCCAGAUUUUCUUAGAUACAGUUGAUGGAAAGUUGAAUUUAUCAGCUAGAUUUGUAAAUUUCAUCCUCGACAAAAUGGCAAACAACACAAAUCACAACCUACAACUACUGACCAAAAUACUGGACUACAGUCUAAUGUCUUAUUUCUUUCAAAACCCAUUUUCCGUUUUCAUUGACCCCGUUAAUACCUGUUAUUUGCAGGACACUUACUUGAAGCUGCUGGCGAAGUGUCCUACCUAUAUGUUCUUCAUCGAUGGAUUGAUCAAGGAACGCGCUCCUAAAAGUGAAAUACUGAGCUUGAUUCAUAAUGAGGAUAAUGCUCUCGAAAACUUUUUUGUUGAGUUCCUUGUUAGGGACAAUCCUAUCAAUAGACAUGCAAAGUUUGUUGCUAACUUCCUGGAAGAGGAGUUGAAUGUAUCCAAUUUUAACCUGAUAGAACUGUACCACAAUAUGUUAGAAGGAAAACUGGAUUUUUAUUUGAAGACAUGGCCCCAAUGUGAAGAACACAAGGAGAAAUUGGCAUUUAAACAGAUAGAUACUAUGUUCCAAGAGCUUUUUACAAUAGAUAAUGGUACGGGACUUUUAACUCAGGCAAUGUUUCCGGCUUACAAAAGUAAUAUGGAGGACGAUCUUCUAUGCUCGGAGAGGAUUCUACCGGAACUUUUGGUAGCUCCCGACGAGGCUGCACAAGUACCAGAGUCGCUAAAGGUGCUGAAUUCAAGCAUGGAUCCAAUCAUAUCCCAGUUAUUCCAACUGUAUAGGGAGGCAGGCGCUUCUAUCAAUAUUUAUGACUUUUAUUGCGCCUUUAAAGAAACUCUGCCACAACAGAAAAUUUUGCAAUUUUUGCAAGACGAAUCAUUACGGAACGAGAAACUGAAAACUCUUCUAUCUGGUGAACUUGUAUUCGAUAAAGUCGCUUUGGUUUUAUUCAUGCAAGGUCUUUUCGACUUGGAACACCUCGGUUUCACGAGAUCUGCUUACAGUAAAAAUUCUGAAGAUAUUGAAAAAGCUGUUUGGAGGGGCAUAUGA